GCGAGGAGAAGGAGGAGCAGGUACCUGAUGGCAAGGAGAAGGAGGAGCAGGUACCUGAUGGCAAGGAGAAGGAGGAGCAGGUACCUGAUGGCAAGGAGAAGGAGGAGCAGGUACCUGAUGGCAAGGAGAAGGAGGACGAGCAGGUACCUGAUGGCAAGGAGAAGGAGGACGAGCCUAAGGGAGAAGAGUCUGUGAAGGAGACGGUAGAGGAGUCUGAGGAUGCUCGACAGGAGGAGGAGAAGGUUACCGAUGAUGUCACUAAUGACACACCUGGAGACACGGGUGAGGUAAAGCAGGAGGCCGAGUCAGAGCCACAAGCAGAAACCUUGGCCGAGGAGCACAAGGGCAAAGGGGAGAUGAACAUGGAGGCGGCAGAGAGCUCGGAGGCUCCAGAGGCAGCGGAGGGAGAUCUACCCGAAGAAGAGCAGGACUUCCCAGAGAACAUGGAGGACUUUGUGACGCUGGACGAGCUGGAGGAAGACAACGACGAAGCCCAUGGAGAGUCGGACAACAUCGGUACCUGAUCAGAUCAAUAUUUAGAGAUCAAAGUUAACACUUGUACCUGUAAUGUGCUGCAGCACCAGCUUUUCCUUAAAAAGUCAUUUUCCUUCAUGGAUGUGAGGACGAUGUCUUCAAUCAACAAAAAGGUGUUUGAAAUUAACGCACAUCUUCCUCUCUGUUUGUGUCUCCUCUUCUCUGCAGACAACACGAGGCGAGGGGGUAUGAGGGUGGUGAACAUCGUCGGCUUCAGGCGAGGGUACCAGUACCUCAACGAGCUGCUGAAACUCGCCCAGCCUUUCGGGAAGGUGGUCAAACACCUGGUGCUGGACCUGAGACCCGAGGCGUUCCUUCAGUUUGCUACAGAAGAAGAAGCACGGGCGAUGGCCAACUUCUACAACGGGAACAUCACGGCGUCAGUGUGCGGGCGGACGGUGAAGAUCAGUCACUCCAUGAGCUACCCCACCAUCCAGUCCGGUUCCAGCAAGGUGGUGUACAUCGGGCAGAUCCCCAACAGCAAAUACACGGACGAGGAGGUCCUGAAGCUCGCCGAACCAUACGGGAGGGUCAAGAAGUACUUCCUGAACAGGAUCCGGAGAGAGUGUUUCCUCGAGAUGUGUAAUGCCGAGGACGCAGAGAAGAUGGCUGCCGAUUAUAAAGCGAAGCCACUGAGAUUCAGCGGGAAGCGCCUGACCCUCUACGUGAGCAGGAAGUACAAGCAGCUCAAACACGGCCAUAGAGUGCCGAACACCAAGAAGAGAGCGAGCGAGAGCCCGCCACUAAAAUCCUCCCAUGACAGCGAGGAGCCUCCAGGGAAGAAGCCCAAAGAGGAGGUCAAACAAGAGGAAGAGGAGAAAAAGGAGGAGGAAGUGCAGAGCUGUGAAGUCAGUGGUGAAGAGACGGUGAUGGAUGAAAAUUUGGGUGCUGAGAAGCUGAAGGACAGCGAGGACAUGGAGACAUCGACUAAUCAGAAUGAGCAGACAGAGGCUGUUCCUGUCGCUGCGAACAAAGCCAGCACGGCGUCUCUGCCCCUGCCGCUGUACGAUCCCUCCACACCCAUCGGUAUCGAACACGUGAAGGCGGGGUUUUACUGCCGCAUCUGUUUCCUGUUUUACUCCAACGAAGACACGGCGAAGAAGAUGCACUGCAGCAGCCAAGCUCACUACAACAAGCUGCAGAAACACCUGGAGAAGGAGCAGAGCAAAGCAGAGAAGAAGGCGCUGCCGACCUGAGAACACCUGAAGCUGAGGAAGAGACGUGAAUGUCAGAUUUUUUUUUUAAGGUUUUAAUUUUGUUUCUUUAGCCAUGUGUGAAACACACAUCUGAGUGACUUCCUGCUGCUGCUCUGUGGGCUUAAAGCCUCAAAGACUCUGUUAUUGAUUAGUUAUGUUAUUGAUUAGACAAAACAAAAUGUUGACCAAACAGUAUAAAAACAUUUUGCCGGUUCAGGUUUUUCCUUUGAUUUUUGAAACAUCUGGUUUUUCAAACUAACAUCUGAACAAUAAAUUAUUUUUUUAA